AUGUCUAACCGGCUCUUGACCAAGCUAUUUAACCACAAAGUUCGCCUGCCUCACAGCAUCAGGACGCCACUUCCUCAACUCACCCUACCUGAGUUUGAACCUCUUCAAGUACCCGAUUCGAAAACGUUCGAUUUGGACGAGAGCGGUCGCGGCUGCGGUAUCCCAUCGCACAUCACAUCCGAAGUCCCGGUCGAGAUUUACAUACGCAUCUUCCAAAUGGCUGCAGAAGCAGAUCAAACAUGCUACCUCAACCUUCUCCUCACAUCCAAAGCUGUUCACUCGACUGUUCACAGAAAGUUUUUGCCCACCAUAGUGGUUUUGAAGGAGGAGCGCCAGAUUGUGGAAUUUAUCAUCUUCUUACAAGAUAACGAACUUGAAUGGUACAGGGAGAGGAUCCGACACUUGUGGGUGGAAGGGCUCCCAGCCGAUGAGGACUCAAGGGCGCUCCGCAAGGGGAUCAUUCUGGAGCUUCUCCGAGGGGUAAAGAACCUCGAGUCCCUUGCGUGCGGCUUUUGUGACUUCUUGGUUCUGUGUGAAACACACGACCAUUGGGACCCACCUCCAAACGCCGGCAGCGGCGCCUACCCAAACCAUCAUUUUCCCGAGCAUUUCUCUACCCACUCGUAUCCUUAUCUCAAGGAGCUCGUCAUCUUGGAUCGAUUCAGAUACCGCCGUUUUACCCACUUUUCACUUCCGAAGCAAAUUACGCGCCUCACACUCCUCGAUCCAGGUACAUCAUCAUUUCAUUGUCGCCAAAAGAUCGUCACACACUUUCCGGCGAUGGACAGUUUGGCGUUGGAAAUCUGGACAACGACUCCUUUUAAAGGAUGGGCCAAUCAGACUCUGUUCAAUGGGAUGUGGAGGAAUAUCAUCGACGUCAACGCGGAUUACCCUUGGAAGAGGGUGGUGUUGACUUCGGAGAACGAAACGGUGUUGUGCGGGGGCGGAUACGUCAGGAAUAAGAGCGGGAAAGGGUGUCGGUGUAUGUUCAAAAUAGGUAAGGUGGAGCAUCUUCAGCGGUGGAAGGAGAGGGCAAGUGGGAUGGGGUUGGAAGGUAUCUGGGAGAAUCCGGGCUCGCUUUCGUAG